AUGAGCGCGGACCUGGACGGCGCGUCGGUCCACUCGCGCGCCUCCUCGUCCGCCUCGGGGGCGCCGGCGGCGGCGGGGGGGUCGUCCGCCGGGACCCGCCUGCUGUCGGCCAACGUGCGGAAGCUGCACGGGGCGCUCAACCGGCUGCUCAGCGAGGCGGAGCGGGAGCGCUUCAUCCACUGCCUGAACGUCUACCACUGCCGGAGGAACGUCUUCGACCUGGUGCGGACCCUCGAGGUCCUCCUCGACGGCCCGGAGAAAAGGCAGCUCCUGCCCCUGCUGCGCCUGGUCAUCCCCCGCUCCGACCAGCUCCUCUUCGACCAGUACACCUCCCAGGGGCUCUACUUCCAGGCCGGCUUCUGGCCCGGCCGCGCCGAUGGGGGCCUCGACGGCGCCGCCUCCCCCCGGGCCCUGGCCCUCGUGGCCGCCGCGCCUCUCUCUGCCCCGCCGGCGGCCCGUUUCUGGCCUCCCCCGCCGGCCGCUGGGAAGCCCGCGCAGGAGUUCAGCACCCCCCUGGACGGGACAGCUCCCCCGGCCGCCUCCGGCUUGGAGGAGCUCCGAGGGGAGGUCAGGCCGGUGACCCUCAAGAGGAAUAAGGCCCAGGAGGGAUUGGGGUUUAGUAUCCGGGGCGGGUCCGAGCACGGCGUGGGCAUCUACGUCUCCCUGGUGGAGCCGGGGUCCCUGGCGGAGAAGGAGGGCCUCCGGGUGGGCGACCAGAUCUUGAAAGUCAACGAUAAGCCGCUGGACAAAGUGACCCACGCCGAAGCGGUCAAGGCUCUGAAAGGGUCGAAGAAGCUGAAUCUUUCUGUCCUCUCGGUGGGACGCAUCCCUGGCGGUUAUGUCACUAAUCACAUCUACACUUGGGUGGAUCCCCAGGGCCGGAGCAUUUCCCCACCCACAGGCCUGCCCCAGCACCAGAGUAGUUCCUUACGCAAGGAUGGUGAGAAGAGGAGCCAUCUCCAAUUGCUGCAAGAAGGGGACGAGAAGAAGGUGAACUUGGUGCUGAACGAAGGGCGGUCUCUGGGCCUCAUGAUCCGCGGAGGAGCCGAAUAUGCCCUUGGAAUUUACAUCACAGGCGUGGACAAGGGCUCCGAAGCAGAAAGCACAGGAUUGAAAGUCGGGGAUCAGAUCCUGGAGGUGAACGGGAGAAGUUUCCUGAGUAUCCCCCACGACGAAGCGGUGAAAAUCCUCAAGUCAUCACGCCACCUCAUCAUGACCGUCAAAGAUGUUGGGAGGCUGCCUCAUGCUCGGACCACGGUGGAUGAGACCAAGUGGAUCGCCAGUUCUCAGAUUGGAGAGACCAUGGUCAACCCAGCUGGGGCUGUUGGAGACCACAUAGCAGAGGUGAACACAAAGCCCUCUUUCUACAGGGGUCUGGCAGGAUCCCAGGUCACCCUGAGCAGCCUGAUGAACCAGAGCAGGGUCAUGUUGGAGGAGCAUGCGCGCCAUCUGCUGAAUGAGCCAGAGAGAGCCACAAUGGGCUACUACCUGGACGAGUACAAGGAGAGCAACAUUUCGGUGGAUGCCCUUGUCAUGGCCCUCUUCGAACUGCUCAACACUCAUGCCAAGUUCUCACUCUUGUCGGAGGUCCGGGGGGUCAUAUCUCCUCAGGACCUCGACCGCUUUGACAACCUGGUCCUGAAGAGGGAGAUCGAAUUCAUGAAGGCCCGGCAGCCCUCAGGGACGGGGACCGGCACUGACUCCUACUCCAUCAUGUCUUACAGCGACACCGUCUCCUCUACCGGGAGUCAUUUCACCUCCACCACAGUCAGUUCAGCACGGGAGCGACUCUUGUGGCUGAUAGACCUCAUGGAGAACACAUCCGACUUGGAAGGGGAUGGGAAUGGAUUCCAGAGCAGCGUCAAUGCUUUGCCGGAUAUCUCCCUGGAUGACGUCUCAUCUUUCCCUGAAGAACCUCCGGCCUUCAAGCCUCCACCACCCAGCCCUUCUUCUCAAACAGUGGACUCCUCUUCCUCCCAGAACAGAAACAUGGCGAAGGACACCCUCACCAGGCCUUCUUCAGAAUCUUCCCAGUCAGGCCUGUUUUUCGUGGCCCCCCGGUUCCCCACGGCAUCUCCUAGCCUCUCCGAGAGGGACACCGCCAGCAUCGCCUCUACAGCCACUUCCUCCACGGAGGAUUCUGCCCCCAGCAGCAUCUACGCAUCCAUCUCCAGAAGGCCCAUGGAUGCCCAUUUGUCAUUGGUCAACCAGCAACCAAUCGGGCCUUUCCCCAGGGUCCAAUCACCAACCCGCUUGAAGACUCCUUCCCCGGAGGCCACUCCAGCCAGCAGCCUCCCAAGCCCCAAAGCGCCAUCUCCUUCUCCUCCUCCUCCUCCUCCUCCAUCCCACCCGGCUCCUCCUCCUCCCAAUGAAAAGGGUGGUCCAGAGUCCAGCACCGCCCAGCAUUUCAUCAUGGUGGAAGUCCAUCAGCCCAACAGCGAGCCAGACGUCAACGAAGUGAGGUCUUUGCCCCAAGCUAGAGUCUCCACCCUCUCCCAGCUCUCCGACAGCGGGCAGACCCUCAGCGAAGACAGCGGCGUGGACAUCGGGGACGCAGAGCUGAACACCAAAGACAGGAGCCGGCUGCAGGGUCCUAUCAAAGGCAGAACCCCCCAGGAAGUGCUGCGGAGCGACGGGGAGGCCAAAACAGCCCCCAAACCACCAGGCCUCCUGGAACCAACGUCCCAUCUGAUCCGAGUGACAAAGACCGCACCAACCCUCGGAAUAGCCAUUGAGGGGGGAGCCAACACUCGACAGCCCCUGCCUCGAAUAGUGACCAUACAGCGAGGAGGCUCUGCCCACAACUGCGGGAAGCUGAAGGUGGGUCACGUGAUCCUGGAGGUGAAUGGCGUGGCCCUACGGGGGAAAGAGCACCGCGAGGCGGCCCGCAUCAUCGCCGAGGCCUUCAAGACGAAGGAGAAGGACCAUGUCGAUUUCCUGGUCACCGAAUUUAACAUCGCGCUUUAGGAACGGGACGGUGGGAGG